AUGGAAAUUUCUUGUAUUCUGGCAGCUAACGCUCGUUGUCUCGUUCUCUUCUGUUUUACAGGCUGCGCUUUCGUGAAAUUCAGUUCACAUCAAGAGGCGCAGACAGCGAUAAGUACGCUCCACGGCAGUCAAACUAUGCCGGGAGCGUCCUCGAGCCUGGUGGUAAAGUUCGCAGACACCGAGAAGGAGCGCCAGCUGCGACGCAUGCAGCAGAUGGCCGGAAACAUGUCUUUGCUCAACCCCUUCGUCUUCAACCAGUUCGGAGCCUACGGCGCCUACGCGCAGGUACUGUAUGUGAUGCAGCAGCAGGCGGCGCUGAUGGCGGCGGCGACGGCGCAGGGUUCCUACAUCAGCCCCAUGGCGGCGCUGGCGGCGCAGAUCCCCCACCACCCCAGCCUCAACGGCAUCGCCAAUCCCGUCGUCCCGCCAACGUCGGAUAUUGGCGUAGGUGCGGGUCCAGCCGUGAACGGAGCGCUGCCCAGCCUGCCGUCGCCCACGAUGCCCAACUUCAGCAUGGCGCAAACGCCCAACGGGCAGCACGCCGCCUCCGACGCCGCUGCCGUCUACACCAACGGCAUCCCGCAAACCUACCCCGCGCAUGCUCUCAAUAUAAAGCUCCCAGCACAGGGCCUGGUGAACGGUGAGGCGGCAGCCCUGCAGCAUGCGGCAGCGGCCGCAGCCGGAUACCCGGGUAUGCAGCCCUACCCCGGUGUCGCCUACCCUGCUGCCGCUGUGUACGGACAGUUCGCCCAGGCUAUCCCCCCUCCGAUGCACAACGUGCCCCCUGCACACAGGGAAGGCUGUUCCAUUUCCGGCCCAGAAGGCUGCAAUCUUUUCAUCUACCACUUACCUCAAGAGUUCGGCGAUGCCGAGCUGAUGCAAAUGUUCCUGCCAUUUGGAAAUGUCAUCAGCUCCAAAGUGUUCAUUGACCGAGCCACUAACCAGAGCAAAUGUUUUGGUUUCGUGUCCUUUGACAACCCCGCCAGUGCGCAGGCAGCCAUCCAAGCAAUGAAUGGUUUCCAGAUAGGCAUGAAGAGGCUGAAAGUUCAACUAAAGAGGCCGAAGGAUGCAAAUCGCCCGUACUAA